AUGCAGUUAAAGAAGACGGAAGGUAACGUCUUGAAGUUCCUGAGCUUCGCUGGCUUUGUCAGCUCAGCAUCAGUCAAAAACUGUGGAGGACCGCACGACCAUUUCUCCAACGUCAGCCUUGACUUGUCGCCGGACCCCAUCUCCAGGGCAACUCCAUUCACCUUCACCCUCACGGGCUCUAUGGACGAGGACCACGUGGGCGGGACGGUGGAUGUGGAUUUGGAGAUCAAGGCGCUUCGCGUCGUAGACAAGGUCAAGGGUCCACAGAAACUCGUGAUUGGCCCGGUGACGUUGCCCCAGGACCCCGGCGAGGCGUCGCUGAAGGGCACCGUCUCCGUGAAAAACGUCCAGGGCGAGCCGGUGGCCUGUGUGGCGCUGGACAUUGAGGUGCCGCUGUUUGAGGAGGAGGCUAAAAGAGACGAAGAUUAUGGCGGAGUGAAGUCUUGCGGUUCUGCCACGGAUCAUUUGAAAGAUGUUUCGGAAACCACCUCCGGUGGUGUCACCACUGUCACUGGAACCUUGGAUGAGGACCUCGCAUCCAUCACAGCCAAUGUGGACGUCACAGUCCAUGCGCUCUUCGUGAAAGUCCAUGCGCUCUUCGUGAAGGUCCCUUUGAAGUUGCAAAUUCCCAUGUCCUUCUCGCCGGCGAUUUCAAAGGGUGAUUGGAAGUUGACCACAAGUGAGGAGAAAGCAGCGGAGGUCAGUCUUAGCCCCGUGAAGGUUGAAGGACAGGUGGUGAUUGACGAUGCAAAGAAGGAGCAGGUGACCUGCCUGUCAAUCUCCAGUGACACAUCUCAGAUCAUGGUAUGA